UCCUAGUCAGCGUGGACCUUUGUGUUUUAACUGCCAACAAAGCACCAACCCAGAACUUUGUCGCUAUGUCAAAGUUUGCGAGUCUGACCAGGUUUGUCAUCUGCACGAAGAAGAGGAGUUUGGAGACAAGUUCUAUGUGUCGUCAUGUUUACUCCAGAAUGAAUGUGAAGUAGGCGUGACAGUAACUGAUGCUUUUGGAAAAAGGACAAUUAAUCAGAAAUCUUCCAUGUGUUGUAAUUCUGAUUUAUGUAAUAUAGGGCUUGCUUGUCCUGCAGGCAAAUAUGGUAGGACCUGUAUGUCCAGCUGUAGGCAUUGUAUAAAUAGAACUUGUGAUAGUGUAAGUGGCGCAUGUGUAAACGGGUGCACAGCAGGAUGGACAGGAAGCAACUGUGCUCAACCGUGUGCAGCAGGAAUGUUUGGAAGCAAAUGUAGCUUUAAUUGCGGUCAUUGUAAUAACGGGGAAACCUGUAAUUCUACUGACGGCACUUGUACCCAUGGUUGCUCUGCAGGAUGGACCGGAAGUUUCUGCAAACAAAAUUGCACAUCGGGUAAAUUUGGAAUGAGAUGUGGCAGCGACUGUGGACAUUGUAGAGACGGGAUGACAUGUGAGUUUAUAAACGGAACCUGUCCCAAUGGAUGUUCGCCUGGUUGGAUUGGGCAUGUCCGCGUGGAUAUUUUGGAGAAUCCUGUGCUAGAAACUGUGGAUAUUGUAAAAAUGGGACCACUUGUGAUUCUGUCAAUGGCAGAUGCCAAAGUGGAUGUUCUGAGAAGUGGAUAG